GAUUUUGCCGUCAUUGCAUUGACGUUCACUCUACGAAGCGUCUGCCCUCGAAAUAUAACAUGACGAAGUUUCGAAAGAGUUGAAGACAGUUUUACCUAAAUGAGAACAACCAAAAGCCGUGUUUAUGUAAAUGUACUUCCUGUCAAAUAGCUAAAUGAGCAUGCGCAAUUAACCAUGCGAUUACUAAAGUCGAAAUCAAGUGUAGAUAAAGUACAUCGCUGAACAUUCACUCGUGGAAAUUAUCUGUCGUUUCGAUUAUUUUUUUUUCAAAUUCGACAGAGACAUGUCGAACACGACUGUGGACGACUGGCUACGGUCUUUGGGGUUGUUGAAAUACAUCAACCCGUUUUUAGACAAUGGUUAUGACGAUCUAGAUAUUUGCAAACAAAUUGGCGAUGAAGAUUUAGAUGCUAUUGGCGUGAUAAACGCGAAAGAUCGUAAAGAUAUUCUGGCUUCAGUGCAGAGUCUAAAAGAGCAAGGCGCUAAUGCAGUGUAUUUUCAACUAGAGGCUGAAACACCGAUAAAUACGCCAAAAUUUCCCGUCGCAAGCGACCGCGAGAAAUAUAGGCGAGAUGAACUCAUCAGUAAAAUGAAAUCUUUGCUCACGGAGGACAACUGUUUUUUACCCGAAAAAAAGCCCAAUGUGGAACAAGAUCCGCUCAACGAUCUGGCUCAAUAUUAUGCAGACCAGCUGUAUACAUAUUUCCAAGAUGUUAAAGAUGUCUUGUUGUUUCUCAGACAGGAGGGAAUGUUCACACAAAAUGAUCAAAUGCGUCAUCGAUCACCAAAAUUGGCAGAGAAGAUGAACAGUAAAGUAUUGCAAGACUCAAGAGGAUUGUCAAAAAGUUUAAAUUCUUUGCCAACUGUAGAAAAAAAUGGCCAGAGAAGCAAAAGUCAAAAAUCACCAAAACAUGGAUUGGGUAGAUUAUUUGCCAGUAAGAAGAGCAAGAACUAUCCUGUCCAUUCGUUAAAAAUAAGUGGACCUGCAGAAGUAGGAAUUUUACCAACAAGAGUUCAUAUGAGUGAGGAAGACAGGAAGAGUCUGAUGCUACAAGUAAAACAUGGUGAUAUAACUCAAGAGGAGGCUUUAAAUAAUUUUUUAAAAUAUGAAGCGCAUCAAGCAGAGAGCGAAGAGAAAGAUGAGAAGGGGGCUGAGAGGAAAGAUUCAAAGAAGAAGAAAGGUGGUGGUAUUUUCAGUCGAAGCAGCUUUAAGCGUCGAUCCAGCGGACAUAAUUCAGAGAUAAUGGCUUCCGAUAUACAAUUGUGUGAAAAGGACAGGAUGGAAUUGAUGAGGAAAAUAAAAAAUAAGGAAAUAACAUCGGAGGAAGCAUGGGAUCAAUUGAGAAGAUUUGGCAACAAACGGGACAAUAAAAUCAAAUCAAAAGGUUCAACGAAAGGAUCAAAAUCGCCAAAGACAAAAGAUUCAAGAAUAUCAGCGUCAACUGUUCAACUUUGCAACACAUCAACUUUCUACACAGAUUCUAAUGUGGACAUUUCUCAAAGCACAAGCAAUAUCCCUUCUUCGACUGCCUCGGACUCAUCACCAGAUUCAACCCCAGGACUAUCUCGCAAACACAGAGUGGACACUGACAGUAGUGAAACUCUUUGUUCCAGUGGUAGUGUCGAAUUUGAUACAAACGUUCAAGUUUCUCAUCAUGGUCUUUCACCGGCGUCUUCAAAAUUUCCAAAGAACGAUGUUCGACGAGCGGCUUCCGAGAAAAAAAGAACAAAUAAGAUGAAUGAGGAGCAAAAUCGUCGCAGUACCAUAUCCAACUCGGAUUUAAACAACGUAUCUUCGGGUAGUCUUUCUCACUCACAAGAAAACGUCAAUAAUCAGCCUCCCAUUCCGCCAUCGAAAAGCCACCACGAGCUAACAUCGGUAAAACAUCCCAUCGGGUUUGCGGACCCCGGACAUUUCGGUAGUGCCGGGAAAUCACCGCAAAUCGAUAGGAAAUCGAAACCGGAUAUUAUUACCAAACAACAUGAAGGAGGAAAACCUGUUUUACCACCCAAGCCGGCUCUCCCAAGUAAACCAUCGAAACUUCCUCCUAAGCCGAUGACAUCUAAAAGUUUACCUAGAAACGCCCCCCUUUUGUCUGUUGCCAACGGCAAUUUAAUUGAAGAUGCCACACAAGAUACGAGGACUAAAGGCGAGGUGACGUCACAGGUUUUGACGUCACGGCAGGCAAGGAAGUGGAACUAA